CAUUGAGCGCGGCGGAGCGAAAGUUUUGGUUCUCUUUCUCCCGCGCAAAUGCAGAGAGUCAGCAGUCAGCGCGCUUCUUCCCGCGCAAACGCUCUGUGAUAGAGGACGGCUGCGGAUGUAGUCCUAACCCGGCGGCGAGAGCAGAGCGAGAGAGAGCGAGAGAGAGAGAGAGAGAGAGAGAGAGAGAGCCACGACCAUCGCCCGACAAGCCCAAGAGCGGCUCGCGAUCUGGACGGCUCGCGAUCUGGACUCGCGCGGACCGGAAGAGUGGGGUUGGUUGGUGGAUUAGGUUGUGUGCUGAUCGACCGAUCGUUGUUCGUCAGUAGUCGUCGUUCACGAUGUCGAGCGGAGGUGGAGGUGCCCGGCUUAACGUUGUCCCGACCGUCACGGUUUUGGCGGUGAUUAAGGCACGGCUGAUCGGUGCGACGAAGGGGCAUCAACUUUUGAAGAAGAAGAGCGAUGCGCUGACGAUGCAGUUUCGCUCGAUUUUGAAGAAGAUCGUGCAGACGAAGGAACAGAUGGGCGAGACGAUGCGCGCGUCUGCGUUCGCGUUGACGGAGGCCAAGUACUCGGCCGGUGAGAACAUCAAGCACGUGGUGUUUGAGAACGUGGACCAGGCAGUACUGAAAGUUCGGACGAAACAGGAUAACGUCGCGGGCGUGAAGCUUCCGAGGUUCGAGCAGUUCUCGGAGCCGGGCGAGGGAAAGAACGAUCUGACGGGUCUGGCGAGAGGAGGGCAGCAGAUUCAAUUGUGCAGGGGGGCGUUCGUGAAGUCCGUUGAGCUUCUCGUCGAACUCGCGUCGCUGCAGACUUCGUUUCUGACGCUCGACGAGGCCAUCAAAACGACUAAUCGACGUGUGAACGCGCUGGAGAACGUCGUCAAGCCGAAGCUGGAAAACACCAUACAGUACAUCAAGGGAGAGCUGGACGAAUUGGAGAGAGAGGAGUUUUUCCGGCUGAAGAAAGUGCAGGGAAACAAGAAGAAGCAGCUGCAGAGACAGCUGGCGGAGGCGGCGGCAGCGGUAGCGGUAGCGGUAGCGGCAGAAGCGGGAAAGAGUGCUGCCGACGGCGCUAAUCAUGUGGCAGAUCCUUAUCGAUUUGGUGGGCAACAAGAGGCAGAAGAGGACGGGGACAUUAUGUUCUAGACAGAUGUCAGCGUGACUCUGUCAACGGAUUGCGCUGCCCUUUUUCGCUAGUAAAGAUGGUGAAUGAGAGGUGAGAGGUUGAUGGGACGGGGUGGAGGUCGGAGAGUUUUGGCGAAACAGAUGGUGGAAGCGGCGGCUGCGGCAGCAGCAGCAGCAGCAGGAAGGGUGUGGAUGGUGCUAAUCGCGUGGCAGGUCCUUAUCGAUUUGGUGGGCAACAAGCGGCAGAAGAUAAUGGGGACAUUCUGUUUUAGAUAGACGUUCACUACGACACCAUUGUGGAUCACGAAUCGAGUCGGACUUCUUUCGUGAAUAUAGAAAAUGAGGGGUUGAUUGGAUGGGAGAUCGUAUGGAAGUAGGUGCAGGGUAUCGGUGGCAAAGGAUGCAGCGGGCAAGAGUGCUGUGGUCGAUCGAAUGGGCGGUCAGGAUGACAUCGUCAUGGAGUCGUGGAUUGUAUGGCACUUGUCUUCUUUGAUUGUAUGGCAGAGGGUUGCUUGAUCGGAGAGGUUGUGGAGUUUUGAUGAGGAUGGAAGAAGGUGCAGGGUAGCAGCGGCGGUGGUGACAGCAGGCAGGAAAGAGUGCCGCUGCUGAUCAAAUGGAGCAUCCAUAUUUGUUGUAGUCAUCAGCGAGAGGAAGCCGACAUGGGUGUUCUGUUUAGUGUGAGGGCAUCGUCCUUUUAGACCUCCCAGUUGAAACCAUUGCUUUCUGUAGCACACAAUCUACUGAAAGGGCAAAGGAGAGGUAACCGUCGAGCUGGUGGGGGAAGAAGCGAUUGCAGAGAAGACAUGUCGCAGAGAAGACACGGGGCACGGUUGUGAUGAGGGUGGAAGAAGGUUUCAGGCCGUCUAGCUCAAACCGUUGCUUUCUAUAGCACGGUAUCUACAGAAAGGGGCAAAGGAGAGGUAACUGUUGAGCUGGUGGGAGAUAAGUGAUUGCGGGGAGAACAUGUGGCAAAGAAGAUUUGGUAAAGAUGUGUGGCGGAUUGUGAUGAGAAUGGAAGAAGGUGCGGAUUGUGAUGAGAAUGGAAGAAGGUGCCACGAUAAUCGUGGAAGACGAUCGUUGUGUGGCGGUAUUGUGAUGAGAAUGGAAGAAGGUGAUGAGAAUGGAUAAUCGUUGGAGACGAUCGUUGGAAGAAGUGAUUGCAGCGGAGACACACGACAGCAGUGGUAGCGGAAGAUCUUUCAUGGAUUUUGUCAGCGGGAGGAAGAAGACACAGGCGGUAGCGGAAGAUCUUUCAUGGAUUUUGUCAGCGGGAGGAAGAAGACACAGGCAGUCUGUUUUGGGCCUUCAGCUGGAUCCGAUGCUGUCUAGCAUGUGAAGUAUUUAAGGGGAGCUUGAUUGGUUUGGGGUUUGCUUGGGGAGGAGAGGGGGGCGGGGGUCUUGAUUGGUUGGGGGUGAGUUUUGUCCAGUGAAGGUGGAGGCAGGGUGAUUGGUGGAGGCGGCUGCAGAGAUAUGGAAAAGAUGCAUGAAAGAGACAAGUGGCAGCAGCCAGCCUGUGCGGUGGCAGCAGCAGCAGGAAGGGGGGAUUCUAUUUUUAGAGACGAUAUAUGAUCUUGUGGAAGAUCAGUGUGGACUCCUGGAAAGAGAGUGAAGAUGUGGGUGUUCUAUUUUUAGUAGCGAUUUUUUAAGUGGAUUGCAGAGUAAAUGACUGGCUUAUGU